GGGGGACUGUGGGAAAGGCUUCCUUGGAUUCGCGCCUGGCAACGGCUGGGCGUCCAGCUCUGGCCUGCGGAGCCUCAGGCGUCGCGUCUUCCUCCGGCCCACUCGUGGUCAGCCCGCUCCCCUCGGCACGAGGUACAAAUGAUGGAAAAUGUGCACCUGGCACCAGAAACAGAUGAAGACGAUCUUUAUUCUGGUUUUAAUGACUACAAUCCAGCCUAUGAUACUGAGGAGUUGGAGAAUGACACAGGUUUUCAGCAAGCGGUGAGAACCAGUCAUGGCAGAAGACCUCCGGUAACAGCUAAAAUACCAAGCACAGCAGUCAGCAGACCCAUAGCCACUGGAUACGGGUCUAAGACAUCCCUGACGUCAUCAAUGGGAAGACCAAUGACAGGGACUAUCCAGGAUGGAGUUGCUCGACCCAUGACAGCAGUGAGAGCAGCUGGCUUUUCCAAGGCAGCUUUACGAGGCUCUGCGUUUGACCCCCUCGGCCAGUCCAAGGGCCCUGCUCCUCCUUUGGAAGCCAAAAACGAAGAUAGUCCAGAGGAAAAGAUCAGACAGUUGGAGAAGAAAGUAAACGAAUUGGUAGAAGAAAGCUGUAUUGCCAACAGCUGUGGAGACUUAAAGCUGGCCUUAGAAAAGGCAAAAGAUGCAGGAAGAAAAGAGAGAGUCCUGGUGAGACAGCGAGAGCAAGUUACGACUCCAGAAAAUAUCAACUUGGACUUAACGUACUCCGUUCUCUUCAACUUGGCCAGUCAGUAUUCAGCUAAUGAAAUGUAUGCAGAAGCACUAAAUACAUACCAAGUUAUAGUGAAAAAUAAGAUGUUUAGCAAUGCAGGAAGACUGAAAGUGAAUAUGGGAAAUAUUUAUUUAAAGCAGAGGAAUUAUUCCAAAGCCAUUAAGUUCUACCGAAUGGCCUUAGAUCAGAUCCCGAGUGUCCAUAAAGAAAUGAGGAUUAAAAUAAUGCAGAACAUUGGAAUUACAUUUAUAAAAACUGGUCAAUAUUCAGAUGCCAUUAACUCAUUCGAGCACAUCAUGAGUAUGGCCCCGAAUCUGAAGGCAGGCUUCAACCUCAUUCUCAGUUGUUUUGCCAUUGGAGAUCGAGAGAAAAUGAAGAAGGCAUUCCAGAAAUUAAUUGCUGUUCCGUUAGAAAUUGAUGAAGAUGAUAAAUAUAUCUCCCCAAGUGAUGAUCCCCAUACUAACUUACUGAUUGAGGCUAUAAAAAAUGACCAUCUCAGGCAGAUGGAACGUGAAAGGAAAGCCAUGGCAGAAAAAUACAUCAUGACAGCUGCAAAACUCAUCGCUCCUGUGAUCGAAGCAUCCUUUGCUGUGGGUUACAACUGGUGUGUGGAAGUGGUGAAGGCUUCUCAGUACGUGGAGCUGGCCAACGAUCUGGAGAUUAACAAAGCAAUUACAUACUUGAGACAAAAGGACUUUAACCAAGCUGUAGACACCUUGAAAAUGUUUGAAAAGAAGGACAGUAGAGUGAAAAGUGCAGCUGCAACCAACCUCUCCUUCCUGUAUUACCUGGAAAAUGAAUUUGCCCAGGCCAGCAGCUAUGCAGACUUAGCUGUGAACUCGGAUAGAUACAACCCAUCAGCUCUCACUAAUAAAGGGAACACGGUUUUUGCAAAUGGUGAUUAUGAGAAGGCAGCUGAAUUCUAUAAAGAGGCCCUAAGAAAUGAUUCUUCUUGUACUGAAGCACUUUAUAACAUUGGCCUCACCUAUAAGAAGCUAAACCGUCUGGAUGAAGCCUUGGACUCCUUCCUGAAACUGCAUGCAAUCCUUCGGAACAGCGCUCAAGUUCUUUGCCAGAUAGCAAAUGUAUACGAGCUAAUGGAAGAUCCCAAUCAAGCCAUUGAGUGGCUGAUGCAGUUGAUCAGCGUGGUGCCGACUGACUCCCAAGCUCUGUCUAAACUGGGAGAACUGUACGACAGUGAGGGGGACAAGUCCCAAGCGUUCCAGUAUUACUACGAGUCAUACAGGUAUUUCCCUUCUAAUAUUGAGGUCAUUGAGUGGCUUGGAGCUUAUUACAUUGAUACCCAGUUCUGUGAAAAAGCUAUUCAGUACUUUGAAAGAGCAUCUCUUAUACAACCCACACAAGUGAAAUGGCAGCUGAUGGUAGCUAGCUGUUUUAGAAGAAGCGGUAACUACCAAAAGGCAUUAGAUACUUACAAAGAGAUCCACAGGAAAUUUCCAGAGAAUGUUGAAUGUUUGCGUUUCUUGGUUCGUCUCUGCACAGAUAUUGGAUUAAAAGAAGUUCAAGAAUAUGCCACAAAACUCAAGAGGUUGGAAAAAAUGAAAGAAAUGAGGGAACAGCGCAUAAAAUCGGGCAGAGACAGCGGCGGAGGCUCUCGCAGCAAACGAGAGGGGAGUUCUGGCAGUGACAGUGGCCAGAACAAUAGUGCCAGUAGUAAAAGUGAACGACUGAGUGCCAAGCUCAGAGCUUUGCCUGGGACAGAUGAACCUUAUGAAAGUAGCGGUAACAAAGAAAUAGAUGCCUCCUAUGUGGAUCCACUGGGCCCUCAAAUAGAAAGACCAAAAACUGCAGCCAAAAAGAGAAUCGACGAGGAUGAUUUUGCUGAUGAAGAGUUAGGAGAUGACUUGCUUCCAGAAUAAUACAAACUUUAAUACUGUGUGUGUGUGUGUGUGUGUGUGUGUGUGUGUGUGUGUGUGUGUGUGUGUGUGUACAUGUGUGUAAGACAGAAGACAGCCUUGGAUGCUGUUCCCCAGGCACCAUCCGUCCAUCCACCAUUUUUGUGACAGGGUCCCUAUCUGGCCUGAACAUGCCGUGUGGGCAGUGGCCAGCAACCUCCAGGGAUCCUGCCUGUCUCCACUCCCUCUUCCCUGGUGCUGCGGUUAUAAGCACUUGCCACCACACCCAGCUUUCUGUAAAGGGGCUCUGGGGUCUGAACUCAGGUCCUCGGGCUUGUGUGGCAAGCACUUUCCCACUGUGCUCUCCCUGUCCCCGUAAGUCAUUGACUGAAGGGAAGAAAUUGCCUUAUAAGAUAAUACUCUUGUUAACCCUGAGAUCAGACAUCCAAACUUUAACUUUGUACACUGUUGAAACUUUAAAGAGUGUAUUCUGGCCGGGCGGUGGUGGCGCACGCCUUUAAUCCCAGCACUCGGGAGGCAGAGCCAGGCGGAUCUCUGUGAGUUCGAGGCCAGCCUGGUCUCCAAAGCGAGUUCCAGGAAAGGCGCAAAGCUACACAGAGAAACCCUGUCUCGAAAAAACCAAAAAAAAAAAAAAAAAAGAGUGUAUUCUGUUCUCUGAAGAUGGAUCUGUGCUGUCAUUUUUAUGGAAUAAAACCCAUGAAGCUACUCUACUACCUUAGGCCAAUGACUUCCUUGCCUUUCUAGUAACACCAACCCACAGUGAGAAGUCGGUGUUUUAGAACAACACAGUAUCUGCCCACUCACAAGAAAGCUUGUGUAUAUAGUGACAAAAUUUACCUUUAUUACUAUAUAUAAAGUUCCAGUAGAGAGCUUUAAAAUUACUAAGAUACAUGUGUGAUCUUUAUUCAAGCUGCUUGACUGGAGUCUUUGGAAAGCUUGUCUCGCUAUUAGGACAGUUCUCUUUUGAAGGCAGCAUAACAACAGAAAUAGAGAAAACAACAAACUGUAACCUUGCUCUUUUUAAUGGUUCCCACUGCCGUGUGCACAGUGAAGCAAUGUCUCAAGACUGGUUGGCCCACUCCUUGCUUAGAGCACGCGUCUGGGGCAGGAUGGCUUGUGUGUUCCUUUAGACAUGUCUAUGAGGGGCUAGACUGUCUGAAGAACUGGCUGCUCCACCUUACUUGUCCAGAGUGGUUGGUACUGAACUUGUGGGCUCAAAUGAUCCUGCCUCAGGCUCUUGAGUAGCUAAGACUGUAAGCAAAUGUCACCCAGAAACAUUUUAAAAUAUGAAGAUAUUGUGGGGUGCCCAACACUGACUAAUAUAUUCCCAAUGCAAUCCCUGCACCCAAGGUUCAGGGAAAAUCAUGGAGGGGGGGAUGAGUGUAAGAGCCAGAAGACUAGAACAUCUGCUGUGAGGGAGGAUCUCCUAUACAAGAUGGAGAAAGAUCACAUGUGAGUUCUCAACAAUCUCAAAAACAUAGCCACCUGAACAAGAGUAGCACAAGGACAUCACUGGCUGACAUGCCAUUGUGAACAGGGUCGAUUCCACAGGGUCCCACCUCUAGAUGAGAAGCUACAAUGGCCUCUGAGAGGGAGAAUCAGUCUCCUCCAGGGAUAAACUCUUCCUGCAUAGGUUAUCCAGUCCCACAAGUGAGCCCUGGCUGGACAUGUACAUAUAAACAAAAUUAAAUGGACUCAGUAGGUUAUGUAUACAUGUGUGUAUUUACAUGCUUAAUAUAUUAAGUAUAUACAUACAGCAAUAAUAAAGAGAUCAUGAAUUUGAGAGGGGGACAUGGGAUGAGGGAGGGGAAGAAGGAAGGUGAUAUAGAUGUAUGAAGUUCUCAAAAAAUUAAAAAAAAAAUAUAUAUAUAUAUAUGAGUGUAUAGAUAUGUUGAAACAGAAAGGUAGGAAAAGCUCAAUCCAACCAAAGGAAUAAAGGAGAAGUCAACCUUUUACACAGAAAACCUCAUAACAAUAUUUGACUUUGGCAAUAAUUAUAUAUUAUGCAUUAUUAUUAUAUCAUCUUCUGACCUUGUCAAAGUCAUUGCAAUGAACUAGUGGGAAGAGUUCUCAGCUGGAGUACAUUGAGCAAACAGGAAGUGAGACUUUUAGAACCAGAGAACAAAGACAAGCCCGAGCACUUUGCUGCUGUCAAAGCAGAGAAGAGAUGGUGGCUAGUUAAUGUCUGGGGUCAAGAAGGCUCAUAGCAUGCAUCACGGAAGAUCCAGCGUGUAUAAGCUUGAAUGCAAGCGAGUCAGUGUUGGUCUGGCGGUGGCAGCUGCUCUCAUACGUGUCUAUGGAAGAAAAUGAGAGAUCUGGUGAGAACAGAUCUACAUCAGUGACCUUGGAAAAGGGAAUGGAGGCAGAAAACUUAAUAGGAUAUUUGUAUUGACUGCUGUGUUAGUCAGUGUUAUUGUCAAUGUGUUUGGCACUGGCUCAUGUGUCUGAACAUCCGGUCCCCAGCUGGUGAUGUUUAGGGAGGUGUCACCUUGUGGGAGGAAGUGAGUCACUGAUGAUUACGCUGCUUUAUCUCCUGGUCCACUGAGCUCUGAGCAAGCAGCUGCCUGCCACACGCCUGCCAUCACAGAACCUCCCGCCACCAUGCCUUUCCUGUCAUGGAUUGUACUCUCUCAAACUGAGCCAAAACUCCCCUAAAGUUGCUUUGGCUAUCCUGGAACUCGCUCUGUAGACCAGGCUGACCUCAAACACAUAGAGAUUUGCCUGCCUCUGCCUUCCCAGUGCUAGGAUUAAAGGCAUGUGCCACCACCCGGCAAUUUUAAGAGUUGGAUUAGUGCAGACAAGUACUGCAGAAGAAAAGCACACCAAGGGAUUGUAAGAAUGUGAUGAUAAAGAUGAGCUAGGAAGCUGGGCUAGACAAGAGAAAUAGGGAUUAAAGAGUGAACUGUCAUUGAAUACCAUGAUCUGAAGACAGAUAAGUCUGAGAAGUGCAGAACAGAACAUACAUGGGUGCUGGAAUCAGACAUUGGGAUGUGGUCAGCCAUUCCUGAGGAGGAGACCUUGGAUACGGCCACACAAUUUGAUAGCCUGAGAUCAGACAAAGCCGGGGUGGGGGUGGAGGGUGAAG